UUGUGGAAAUGGUACCAGAAUUGUUUAGCGAUUCAUCCAGUUAAAACCCAGGUGAUCAGCUCCGGCUUCAUUUGGGGGUUGGGCGAUAUUGCAGCUCAAGCAGUCACUCACUCCAACGCCAUGCCGCAAAAGCAUGUGCGUCGUCAUUCUUAUUGUUAUUUCGUCGUUUAUGCGUUUUUGUUUUGUUUUGAUGAUUUUAAUUGCGCGUUUUUGUUUGAAUUUCGCCUGCAUUUUGAGGAUUUGAUUGAAUACGAUGGUAAUGGGUGUAUUGUGAUUUUUAAUUUGGGCAUUUAAUGCUUGUAGGUAUUGCUUGCAGUGAGAAUAACAUGCUAAUCAUUUUGGUUUGAAAUCGGAUUGUUUUGAUUAUAAAUUGUUAGUAGUAUUUUCAAUUUUUAUGUGCAUGUGGAUUUGUGUGAUGGAUUGGUUCAAUUCUAGUGAAGAGAAUUUCGAUAGUGUCUGUUGAUGUAGGUUGUUCGGCUACUUGGUACCGAUUUUGCACACGAAUGCUAUUGUUUGGCAGCAUAUUUGUGAUAAUGAAACAAUGGGGUAUCUCUGUUUGGAGGUUUUUUCCCUCAUCACCUGGUAUUUGUCGAUCAUGCUCUUUAUGUUAUUGUCGACGUGUAAUCUAACGGAUGGUGGGAGCGCACUGCUGCUAAAGCUUGAAUUCAUGCAUUGUGAAAUGCAUUUGCUAGAAGAACAUAAAGAGUUAAAGAUCAAUUGGAGACGAGUAGCAACCACGACUAUGUUUGGUCUUGGAUUUGUUGGUCCCGUUGGCCACUAUUGGUAUGAAGGGCUGGACCGCAUCAUUAGGGUGCGGCUAAAGCUACAGCCGAAUUCCUUCCGCUUUGUAGCUUCAAAAGUAGCAGCUGAUGGUAUAAUCUUUGGGCCCUUGGAUCUGCUCGUGUUCUUCACUUACAUGGGCUUUUCCUCCGGUAAAAGUACUGCUCAGGUUAAAGAAGAUGUCAAGAGAGACUUUCUCCCAGCCUUGGUUUUAGAGGGAGCCAUAUGGCCAGCUGUACAGGUUGUCAACUUCCGCUUUGUCCCUGUUCGCAACCAACUUCUUUACGUCAACCUGUUCUGUUUGCUGGAUAGCUGCUUCCUUUCAUGGAUUGAGCAACAAGAAGAUGCCCCUUGGAAGCGAUGGUUGAAAUCUAGGCUCUCUUUCAAAGAAGGUCAAGGCGGCUGAUUUCUUUCGUCCUGUAUACAGCUUCUCCUCGAGCUUUCUGGUAUGCACCAUUUUUGUUGAUGGAAAUUGAGCAUUAACACCUUUUAAUGGCUGCUCGUGUAUUUGAAGUGGGCAUUCAUAAAAAAAAAUUGUCCCCUCCAACAUGAAGACGAUGACGAAGAGUUUAGUUCCCUGUCUAUUCUUGUUAUUUCAUUUUUCUUUUAAAUUUUUUUCGUUUUUCCUGAUAAUAAAUUGUUAAACAUGGUAAAGAAAGAUUUGGUAUUGAGAUGAAUUCAUGUUUUUUUUCCUUUCAA